CACGAGGAGACGGGAAGCUCAGGAGAUGAGGGGAGGGGGGCGGUGGACAGACUGGCGGACGCGCGCACCGAGCCACCGAAGAACGGCAGAGGAAAAACCGAACGUUAACGCAGCGACGGCGUGAUGGACUCAGGCGGCUUGUGAGUAACGGCACAAAAAAUACACCGACGCACUCCGAGCCUUCCGGAGCCGAGAACCAGCCUCGAUUUGACGGGUACUAGCGAGCUCCAACCCGCGGGGGAUUAUCAUCCUUCGAGGCGAGGGAGGGAGCCCGGGCUGGGGCUGGAGACUGGAGCGCCAAUCCCGGAUGGCUAGGCGCGGUUGCUCUCGCUCUCCCCCACCCUGACCCGGGCGAGGCACACGGUGGACGACGAGAGGGGUUGGGGGAAAACGUCGGUUGAUACCAAGCGGAGGCCAUUAGUCGUCGUUCCCGCUCACCGCCUGUUCAGAUCCCGGCCUGUUUCCGCUUGUGUGCACCAUAAACAAACAAACAAGGACAGAGUGGGACAUCUUCAUCCUUCAUCGUCAUCACCAGACUUGUGACAUGGCUGAAGGUUCAAGCGUCGUUAUGGCAUGUAGCAGGACCGUGUAGUGACACACACACACACUCACACACACACACACACACACACACACACACACACACACACACACACACACACACACACACACACACUCACUCACUGGAAGGAAACCCACACAGUUGGACUAUCCAAAAACACCUACUAGCAGUAGGCAACCAUGCCAGUGUUCAGUGGCCUCCUGAAGGUGCGUGUGUGCGAGGCGGUGGACCUGAAGCCCACCCCCUGGGCCCUGCGUCACGCCGUGGGAAAGAGCGGCUCCUUCCUGCUGGACCCCUACCUGGCCCUCAACCUGGACCAGACCCGGCUGGGCCAGACGGCCACCCGCACCAAGACCAACAGCCCCGCCUGGCACCAGGAGUUCUGCACCGAGGUCCGUGAGGGACGCAGCCUGGAGCUGUCCGUCUUCCACGACGCACCCAUUGGCUACGACGACUUUGUUGCCAACUGCACCAUCCAGCUGGAGGACCUGCUGCAGAACGGGACCAGGCACUAUGAGGACUGGAUCGACUUAGAACCAGAAGGCAAGGUGUACGUCGUCAUUGAUUUGUCCGGAUCUUCGACUGAAGCCUCGGGAGCCAACGACAAUGAGGAGCGCGUCUUCCGGGAGCGGAUCGGCCCCCGGCGGCGCCAGGGUGCAGUGCGGAGGCGCGUCCAUCAAGUCAAUGGACACAAGUUCAUGGCCACCUACCUGAGACAGCCUACCUACUGCUCACACUGCAGAGACUUCAUAUGGGGCGUCCUGGGGAAGCAAGGCUACCAGUGUCAGGUGUGCACUUGCGUUGUCCACAAGCGCUGCCAUGAGCUCAUCAUUACCAAGUGUGCCGGGAUGAAGAAGCAGGAGGACAUGCCGGAAGAGGUGGGCUCGCAGCGGUUCAGUGUGAAUAUGCCCCACAAGUUCAGCAUCCACAACUACAAGGUGCCCACCUUCUGCGACCACUGUGGAUCCCUGCUAUGGGGUCUCAUGAGGCAGGGCCUGCAGUGCAAAGUGUGUAAGAUGAAUGUGCACAGGCGGUGCGAGAGCAACGUGGCUCCAAACUGUGGCGUGGAUGCCCGAGGCAUCGCUAAGGUCCUAUCGGACCUGGGGGUCACGCCCGGCAAGAUCUCCAACACGGCGCAACGUCGAAGGAAGUUGACCCCAGGGCAGGACCCUCCCCAGUCUCCCCCUGAGUUGUCGCAGUCGGAGAACAGCUUCAGCCAGCCGGCUGUCCCCGCCUCGCCCUCCCAGCAUGACUUGGCCGAGUUGGAUCGCCUGCAGGACGCACUGUCACUGGACCAGCAGGGACCACAGCACUCCUCUUCCUCCUCCUCCUCCUCCUCCUCCACAAACUCCUCCUCGUCCUCGUCCACCGUCUCCUCCUCGGGGGUCCGGGAGAACGGGCAGAGCCAGAGGAGAACCCUCAAAGACUUCAACUUGAUCAAGGUUCUCGGCAAAGGCAGCUUCGGCAAGGUGAUGCUGGCCGAGCUGAAGGGGACGGAGGAGGUUUAUGCCGUCAAGGUUCUGAAGAAGGACGUGAUCCUGCAGGACGACGAUGUGGACUGCACCAUGACGGAGAAGCGCAUCCUGGCUCUGGCCCGCCGACACCCCUACCUCACCCAGCUCUACUGCUGCUUCCAGACACGAGAUCGCUUGUUCUUUGUCAUGGAGUACGUGAACGGGGGAGACCUGAUGUUCCAAAUUCAGCGCUCCCGCAAGUUUGACGAGCCUCGCUCUCGAUUUUACGCCGCUGAGGUGACCUCAGCGCUCAUGUUCCUGCACCGCAAUGGAGUCAUCUACAGGGAUCUGAAGUUGGACAACAUCCUGCUGGACGCGGAGGGUCAUUGCAAGCUGGCCGACUUUGGAAUGUGCAAGGAGGGCAUCAUGAACGGCGUGACCACCACCACCUUCUGCGGCACGCCUGACUACAUCGCCCCCGAGAUCCUGCAGGAACUGGAGUACGGUGCCUCGGUGGACUGGUGGGCCCUGGGGGUUCUGAUGUACGAGAUGAUGGCCGGGCAGCCCCCCUUCGAGGCCGACAACGAGGACGACCUGUUUGAGUCCAUCCUCCACGACGAUGUCCUCUACCCCGUGUGGCUCAGCAAGGAGGCCGUGUCCAUUCUCAGAGCAUUUAUGACCAAGAACCCGGCCAAGCGUCUGGGCUGCGUGGUGAGCCAAGGCUGCGAGGACGCCAUCAAGACGCACGCCUUCUUCCGAGAGAUCGACUGGGUGCUGCUGGAGCAAAGGAAAGUCCGACCCCCGUUCAAGCCCAGAAUUAAGACCAAGCGAGAUGUGAAUAACUUUGACCAGGACUUCACCAAGGAGGACCCCGUGCUGACGCCCACCGACGAGACCAUCAUCCGGCAGAUCAACCAGGAGGAGUUCAAAGACUUCUCCUACUGCGCCCCCGAGGAGACGCAGACCUAACACACACGCACACGUGCACGCACACACACACACACACCCGAGUACAAUCCUCACAUUUCAGAAACCCUUUGAUCACAUCUAGACGGCACCCAGCCAUUAUUGUCUAAAUAGUGACUACAUGUCCACGUUCUGUCCCGGGUGUGAAUAUUUAACGUCGUGUAGCAGUAUCCUGAUCCACUUGGACAUGGAAUAGAAUACAGCUGAGCUGGUCGAUACUGGAAUUCUCCUCCACUCCUUCAUGAUGGUGGAUGUUAGCCACCUGGCUCUCCUCCUUAGGUUCCUCCAUCAUUUUGGAGGUGUGUUUGGCCUCAUCAUUCUUCUUUUCCACUCAGUCAACUGCAGCUCCUCCGGUGUCGGAAGCACUCGUGCAGCCCUGCACCAGAACUCCACCGCCACCCUCUGCUUGCCUGUGGAUAAUUGUCUUGGCACUCGCUUGAUAAUAAUGGCUGCGUGUUGACUCGUCAGUGGAUGGUGUAUUUAUACUGCUUUCCAAGCUAGACACUGACUACUCUAAAGUAUAUGCAUUUUUAUAGUGUUGUCCCUUGACAAGAUAUGCUUGCUGAAAUGUGAGGGCUGUGCGCACUUUUUUGUGUUGUACAUGCAGACGACACACAUGCGUCAAAAUCCCUUUACCGCACACACACACACACACACACUUUGACUUUAAAAGCUAUUCGGUCGUUACUUUCAGAAUUUUUACACGUGUCAUGGUUGUCGUCGUACUUGUCGCCUGGGUUAAUUAUGACUAUGAAUAUGCACACCUGCACAUGCUUUAACACACACACACACACACACACACACACACACACACACUCCCAUCCAGCACCAUGCGGACUGAAGGUGCUGCCGCCUGUACAUAGCAGCCUGUGUGGAGUGGCUGUAUUGUGUUGUUGUUGUCUGCUAGCUCGCUAACAAGAAAGCAUGGACACCCCCCACACCCCCCCCGUUUUAAUUGCCCUCAUUGUGGACCAGUUAGGGCCUAAAUAUACCCCUCUGUGCAAUACCCCCAUCCAU